AUGCACUGCAUCUGGAAGUGGCUGGAGACAGAGACCGCCAAAGGGCUGUGUCCAAUGUGCAGACAGCCGUUCACCAUGGACAAGGACAAGGACGUCAACAAGGGCGUCAGUUUGCCGGAAACGAGCCGAUUUGCCGCGGCAUCAAACGAGGGCUUCCUCGCAGACAUGCUAGAACCGCAGCCUACAGACGCGAUGUCGGUCCAGGACCUCUCUGGAGGAGACUAG